UAACCGCUAAAGCUGAAUUUUCAAAUAGACGCGCAGCCAAACAAAUCGAGUUUUUCGUUUUUUUAUUUAUGUGUCCUGCUGCGUUGUUUGAAUCCAGUGUUUAAUUAAUUUUACGAAAAAGAAACAAAGCUCUGCUUUGACCAUGUUGGAGACCAAGAGCAUAGCUGAAUUAGUGUUCACGGAGACGCCGCGCAAGCGCAAAAGGGAAACGGCCGUUCAUAGCCAUGCUCCCCCGCCCCCGACGCCACAACUACCCCCGGAAAGGGGCGUCCAGGUGCGACAGGAUGCAGCUGCCGCUGUUGCGGCGUCAGAGUCCUGCUUCACCAACGCCGCCUUCAGUUCAACGCCGAAAAAGUUGAUUGGCCGCCGACGCCUGGCCAAGGAGAAUAGCAAUCCCUUUCCCGGCCUGGAGGUCAAGUCCAUAUCGGAUCUGGCCGACAAGCAGCAGCAGCAACAGCAGCAGGUACAGCUGCCCACAAAUCCCUUUGAGGUGCUGCGUCAGCCUCCAAAGAAAAAGAAGCGCGAACAGCAGCCAGCCUGCUUUGAGAAUCCUGGCCUGAAUUUGGAGCUGCCGGAAAAGCAGUUUAAUCCGUACGAGGUCAUCCGUUUGGCCACCACGCCCUCCAAGGGCUUCGUGAAUCCGGCUUUGAAUUUGCGCGGAAGCGAUGCUCCGGCUUCGCUCAAUCCCUUCGAGAUUCACCGGCCAAGUGAGGCCUCGACCGCCGCCUGCAAUCCAGCAGGCGUAAGCAAUCCCGCUCUGGCCGAGCGGGAUACCGAGGAGGAGCCUCUGCCAACCAGCUUGAAGAUCGGCCUGCCCUUUGCUCCCAAUGUGGGCUGUCGCAUUGAUUUCCAUGGCCUCUCCCUGGCCCAGCUGACGCCCAGCAAGCUGCUGGCCGAGAAGCUAGUCUUCUCGCCAGUUCCAGCGCCCAAGCGAUCGCUGGGUGCCAUCAGCGAGGAGUCCACCAUGGACAUUGGCAAGGAGCUGGAUCGCUAUCAGCUGGAGCUGGAGAACAGCAUCAACGAAGCCAAGCUGCGGAAGAACGGUGUGGUGCUGGAGAGGGAGGUGGCCAGGAAGAGUCUGGAGAACAUGGCGUCGCCCAAGGUGUCGCUGGUGAUGGAGACAGAAUCCCAGGAUGUAAUGAUGCAGCAGCUAGGCACGGAGAGGCGUCUGAUCUGCACUCGGCGACGCACUCUCACCGAGAUAAGCGAGGCGCCAGAGGUGGAUCAACAUGGGCAGGGCGAAGAGCAGAAGGAUGUGGAGCGGGUGAGGAUGUUGCGGGAGGAAGAGACAGAGCGGGUGCGGGAGAGGCAGGUGGAGAAGGAGACGCUAUUGGAGAGGGAGACGCUAUUGGAGAGGGAGAAGCAUUUGGAGCGCGAGAAGCAGCACGAACAACUCCGGGAGAAGCUGCACGAACAACUCCGGGAAAAGCUGCAGGAGAAGCAGCACGAACAACUCCGGGAGAACCUGCACGAACAACUCCGGGAGAAGCUCCAGGAGAGGGUUAAGCUCAUGGAGCGAGAGAAGCAGCAGGAAGAACUCCAGGAGAGGGAAAACCUCCUAGAGCAGGAGGAGAACCUCCUGCAAGAAGAGGAUAAAGGUCAGGCCGAUGUUGCCUAUGCCUCCGAGUCCGACGAAGAGCCCGAUGACCUCGUGGACUUCAAGGCACCCGCACGCUUCGUUAGGGCCUACAGACCUGCUGCAGCCAGCAAGGAGUCCCUCCACUCCAUCGGAUCCAGUAAGUCUGGCAAGUCCGGUGAGGUGAAGACCUCCGCCGGUGGUGGCAUGAAGGGCAUGAUAAGAAAGUCCAUACGACGACUGAUGCAUCCCACCCAACACACCUCGCCCGAGAAGCCAGAGGAAAUCCGAGAGCAUCACAAUAUACUGACCAGCAUAAGGCACAGCCUCCGCCGCAGACCUCAAAAGACAACAACAGUCUCAGAGGCGGAGAUGGAGCCCGGACUGCCCGAUAUAUCCAUCAUUGAUAGCAGCGAGCGUACGAUGAAGCUGCGCUCGAGUGUUGCCCAAACGGAGUACAUGACCAUCGAUCAGCUGACCAACGAGAAGAAGCACACGCUGAGAAACAGCAUCCGUCGGUCCACGCGCGACGUGCUGCGUCAUGUGUUCCACAAGAGUCACGAUGCCUAUGCCACCGCCAAGUGAAGGUUGAAGGGGGGAGUAAUCUAUGGUCCAUUAUACUUCGUUUUAACUUGAUUUCUUAUGUGGAAGUGCCACCGAAAUCUCUCUGUAGGCACAUAUAUCCAAAGACAUUAAAAUUACUAAGAUGAGUAACGCUUUUGAACUGGCUUCAGGCUUUCUUAAAUUUAGUUCAUCUUAAUAAUUUUAAUGUCUUUGGUAUAUCCCUGGCUUAAAGUUGAUCUAUUAGCAGGGUUGAGCAGCAAAUUUUAAGCUACAAAGUCUGGGUUUCUCUCCUAAAAAAGCACCCAUGAAUUGGAUUUGUAAACUCACUCUCGAUGAGGCGGCUCUCUAAAGAUCAUUGAGAUUUCUAGGGUAACUCUUACAUAUUAAGAAGUAAACCAUAGUCUACUCCCACUUUUUGUUCGCUACUUUUUAACCCAUAUUUUAGCACCUAGAUAAGUUUUACAACAAGCACCACAAAAAAAAAAUUCACCCAAAGAUUGUCACACAAAAACCAGCGCACGAAAGGAAGCCAUCGAAGGAUUCCAUGGAUAAAAAUCUAGCUGUAAGAGAUUUUUUUUCAGAAGAACUUUUUACACAUUUACAUCACACACAAUGUUUUAUGAUGUUAAGAACUUGAUGUUUGCACGUUUAUUAAUAUAUAUUUAAAUAUAUGUUUUUCUAUAUAUCUUUAUA